GCGCUGUUUCGCCAAGAUUUCCAUGUGCUCUGCCUCUCUGCUCUCCAGUUAUCCCUCAGCUUCACCCUUCCUUGCGCACACCACACCGGCUAGCUGCUCAGUCGUACCAAUACGUAAUUAUUUGUUAAAAACAGCUGUUCAAAGUCAUGUCUGGCGUUGGCAAACGACUGAUUCCACUGCUGGACCGCAUUCUGGUGGAACGCUUCGUACCGGAGGCGAAGACUAAGGGCGGUAUCAUGAUUCCUGAGAAAGCACAAGCUAAAGUUCAUAGCGCUACCGUUGUGGCUGUUGGUACCGGAGGCAGGAGCGAAAAGGGAGACACCAUUCCACUGGCUGUGAAACAGGGCGACAAAGUCCUCUUACCAGAAUAUGGAGGAACCAAAGUAGAAAUAGACAACAAGGAAUACUACAUCUUCAGGGACAGUGAUGUCCUUGGGAAGUGGUCAGACUGAUCUGAGUCAUCCUAGCUGAGUCUCCAUCGUCAUUCAUGUAUUUGCAAGUAGCAUGUCGUUGUUGAAAUGUUUUGAUAAAUAAAUUUGCACAAAUACAA